AUGUGGCUGUCCCUGCUUGUGUAUCAGUUUGCUGUGCUCGUCCUCCGUGGCGAGGCCCAGAACAUAUGCAGCUCCCACUCCACUUUCCGAGAGCCAGGGAACUCUGAUAUCACUGUAGUGUGUGGUACGGAGAGAAUGGAACUCCAGAUCCUGCUCUGUCCUGUGUACUACGGAGGGUACAACGAGUCCCUGAUGGCGCUCAAUGCGCGCUACGACAACCCCAACUGCCGUGGCACCCCUGACCUGAACGCGGACCCUCCUGUGCUGAACUUCAACUUCUCCAUCACAGAGCAGGCUGUGUCCCAGUGCUCCAACAAACUCACGAUCACUCAACAAGUGGGUUCCGGUGUCUUCUCCGACUACUCCAACAUUCAGUUUGUCAACAUCUCGGGGAUAAUCAACUCCCUGGACCCCGGUGCCGGCACCAUCACCUACCGUAAAGAGAUGAUGUAUUUAUUCUCUUGCCGCUAUCCAUUGCAGUACCUGGUGAACAACACAGAAAUGAGUGUAUCGGGUGUGAGCCUGGCAAUCAAGGACAACAAUGGGAGUUUCAUCAGUACAUUAAGUAUGCGUCUAUUCCAGGAUCCAGAGUACUCAUCCCAGCUCAUGGUCCCUGACAGUGGUCUGAGUCUGAAAACUCGAAUCUUUGUCCAAGUUAAGGCUACAAAUCUCACAGCAAGGUUUAAUGUGUUGCUGGAUCGAUGCUAUGCCACAACCAGCCCUUCUCCAAUGAACAGCACUUACUACGACCUCUUCGUUGGGUGUACUCGUGACGGGCAGACAGUGAUGGGAGUGAACGGGGACGGACAAGAAGCACAUUUCUCCUUUGAGGCUUUCCGUUUCGUGGAGCAUAAGAAUAAGACGGUGUCCACCUUCUACUUGCACUGUGAGACUAGACUCUGUGAGAGGACGUACUGCAGCUCCCUGCAACAGGUGAAGUGGCUGCAGGACAUUUAUCUGAAGAGCCCAGUGCUAGGAGUGGCGGUAGCCGCGGCAGUGAUUGGCGUGAUCGGCAUGGCAACCCUGGGGGCCAUCUUUUACUGGGUCCGUCUCACUAAAAACAAGGACAGCCUUCUGCCACAGAGGGCCAACGGAGGUCGCUGA